CAUUUUUAUCCUUGCGCAUACCGCUUUUCAACUGAUCCCAGCAAGAAAUUUUAUAUGGUAUGCCAACAGGACGUGCGUGAUGGAGAGGACGGCAAGAUUCGAUGGGCUUGUCACACCAGGUGACAGAAAUCCCGAUGACGUCGGGACAUGAUCCCAAGACACUUCUCCGCCGCGCUCACCAUGUACCUACUCAGUCGUGCGUGAUCAUAUACACAACAAGAAGUUACUGCACUCAACGCAAAUCAGGGGCCUUCGGCUUCACCGACAGACGUUUCUCCUUCGCCGAUGGGUCUGAGUGGUAGCGCCACCACUUAACAGGACCAUGACCAGAAAGCACAAAGACACUCGGUAACCAGAAGGGAUCAUGGCUUUAGGGCACGCACUACUUCACAAGAACUGUGCCGAUGCUGGCGCCGCUAUUGUUCUCUGCAAUACCUGCCCAUUUCCCUUUGAGGGCCCGGGGUGCUGUAUUGUGCUCAGCGACUUCUGUGAGGGUCCGCACACAAAGCGAGACUUGACUUAAAAGACAGGAAACAGGCAUGCUCCGCACGAUCUGCACUCAUUCAACUCCAUCACGAUGCCAGUAGUGCCACACGGCACUCCCGCGUCCCUCAUCCUCCCCGACCUGGCGCUCCUCUCCUCCGCCCAGCUGGACACCGAGUACCGCCGCAUCCAGCAAUCCAUCCAGAACGCCGUGUCAGAGCGCGACCGGCAGCUUAUCCGACAGGGAUUCAUACUCGGAAUCAAGCGCAUGCGCGACGUGCUGCCCGUGCAGCCGCCUGUCCGCCCAUCGCGGGUCGCACGGAUGCAGGAUCUCGCUCCGCGGGACCCGGCGUCUGUGGGGCACCAGCCUCACCGACCUGCGAAUGCUGGAGUGUCUUCGGCGGAAGCAGCAGUGGGACACUCGAAAUCUCAGGUGCCGCUACUGCCGCCUGUCUGGGCUGGGCUGCCGAUGUCUCCGCCUCCGAAACAAGCGAACGCAAACGGCAAUGCACCAGGGAGUCGGGCCACCGCACAAGUGUAUCAGCAGCAGCACCCACACCGUCCGCUUCCGGAGCUACCUCAGUCCCACCCCCGUCAUCACUACGAAAACUUCACACAUGCUGCGCAUCGACGAGAGGAAUGCGCAUCUCGUCGGUCGAGAGAUUCCGAAGGAAAGCGAGAGCGGGGCGGCGGAGAAAGAGAUCGUGAGCGAGAUAGGGACAGGGCAAGAGGGACAAAGGAGAAUGCUAGGGCGCGAGAGAAGGAGAGAGAUAGAGAGCGGUCGAGGUCACGUGAGAAAGGGCGGGGCCAGGAAAGGGACAAGCCGACACCGCUGCACGGGUCCAGUCCUGGCAGUCUUGUCGGAUACUGCAGGUCGAGCGAUCGGACUCAACGAUUGCAAAAAGGCCUGGGUAGGCCCGCGGACCCUCCGUACUAGGUCGGUCCGGAAUAGAGUAAAAGUUGGCCGAAAAUUUUUGGAUUUCCGGUCCGAAAAUAGAGUAAAAUCGAGCUCCAGAGCGCGGAAGCGGUCCGGCAUAGAGUAAAAGUCGGGCGAAGUCCGACCGAUUUUGGCUAAAAUAUGACUUGAAUAUGGCCAAAUCACGCAAUUUUGGAAC